AUGUCUUUGGUCUUCAUUUCUCAACAAAUCAUUAUUUACAGUGCCAUGAUUUAUCUCGUCUUUGGAGUGAUUGGUAAUGCAAUCAGUAUCUAUAUUUUUUCCAGCGUUUCAGUGUAUCGUCGAACACCUGCAACAUUUUAUUUUCUCAUCGAAGCAAUAUUCAAGAACAUUUAUUUACUUACCAAUCUUUUACCUCGUAUCAUCGGUUAUAGUUAUGGAUAUGAAUUUGCAAAUAUUUCAUCAUUGUGGUGUAAAUUUCGACAAGCAAUUCUAAUCAUGUCAUCAACAGUAGUAGUUGCUCACACGUGUAUGUCGGCAGUUGAUCAAUAUUUAGUCACGUCAUCGAAAGCGUACCUACGUCAAAAGAGUCAAAUCAAAAUGUCUCAUCGAAGUUUCGUGAUUAUUAUCAUCGUUUGCUCACUUCAUGCGAUUCCGUUCUUUAUAUAUCUUGACAUAUCGCCAAUUACAAAGAUAUGUGCUUCUUUCAAUCCUAUUCUUACUACUUAUUUUCCAAUAUUUUCUCUUGUUAUCAUUUGCACAAUGCCGAUAUUAUUUAUGAGUGUAUUUGGAAGUUUAACUUAUCGAAACAUUCGUCAAACAACGGUACUCGCUGAACAUCAAGCUGACCGACAAUUGGUGACAAUGACCUUUUUAGACAUCACUCUAUCUUUCUUUUGUUCUGCACCACUGGCCAUUUAUCAUAUAUACAAUAUAAUUACUUCUGGAAUGAUCAAAGAUCAAGAUCGACUACUGAAAGAGUAUUUUGCCUAUGUUAUCAUUAGUACAGAGAUCACACUUUAUUACGCGUUGAGUUUCUACAUUUUUUUAUUCUCAUCGAGUCGUUUCCGUCGAAACGUCAAAGAACGAUUAUUUGGAAAACGACAGACAAAUGUAAUCCUUCCAAAUACUCAAACCAAAUGA